AUACCUGUAUUGCCAUACAUUUAGGUUCCGGAUGAAGCUGUUAGCAAAUGCACAUCAUGUGGAUCAGAUUUUGGAGCUUUCAAUCGCAGGGAAUUGUGGCGAUAUUUUCUGCGACAAGUGCACAAAGGGUAGAAUUGCUCUCACUGCAGAAGAAAAUGCUCAGCAAGUCCGAGUUUGUGAUAGAUGCAUGGCAGAAGUUUCUCAAAGGUUAAGCAAUGCAAAAGAAACUGUUAGCAAACCUGUCGGUCUGCAAAGUCAUGAAGAUCUUGUGCGAAGGCUUCAGGAGGAAUUGAACAAGAAUCGUAA